GUCGUUCCGUCGCGGGCCAGUCAGGGCGUCGUGGUGAGGGUAGGCGAAGUGUGAGGCGCGGGAGGUAAAGUAACAGGAUCCAACCCUCGAUGGAGGUUGGAUGUUUGGCGAGGAAAAGGAGGGGUGUCAGAAGGGCGAGCGCGAAAAGUUGACGGAUUUGGGGGGUUGUUCGUUGCAGUUCCGAGGCACUUAAAGCCCUGUUCGCUGCCUGCUGGAAUCCGUUCAGCGGUCCUCCGUCGGAGGACAGAUUGCCACGCCUUGCCGCCCCGCGACCGCGCCCUCCGGCCCUCUGUCAGGCUCUCCAUGCUUGUUUGCCGAGUGUAGUGUUGGCGGGUUGUAGACCCCGGAUGUGUGUAUUUGAUGUUGUCGUAGUUGACUUUGAAGCCUUGCCCAUCGGCAGCACAGCUAGCGUGCACGCGGUUCCGCAUGCUGUUUGAGGCGCGGGGUUCUCGCAGGACACCCUCGCCGCCUUCCAGGGGAUGGGGGGCUGAGCAGCAGCAAGGGGGGGGCGGGGGAAGGGGGCAGGGCAAGGGGAAGAGGAUCCGGCCAAUUCCGGACUGCCACGUGUCGACUGUCGUCAGUGGACCUGAAAUGGGUUACGUGGUAACCCCACGCAUAGCCGUGCAGAGUGCUGUGUUUCUCCUGACCCGGUCGCCGUCCACCCUGCCCACCGGGGGCGUGCUGCCCCCAGCUGCUGCCUUUCCAUGGGGGCGACAAGCUCUGGCCUGGCCUCGCUGCCCGGGGCCUGCUCUUUGAAACGCUCAGGUCGUCUGGCGUGUGAUGAGGCGAAGGGAGGGUGUGUGCUUGAGAGGAGAGGGGGACGAGAGGAGAAGUGGGAGAUGCCUCUAAACACUUUUGAGGCGCUCGGUCAUCAGCUUGGGCUGUUUCUGGUGUAUGGGAAGCAGGGAGUAGUGUGCGAUGCUUCAUGCGUGGCUGUGAAUAACAUAGCCUGGAGUGGUAUGGAUGAUCGAAGGGUCUGUCUGUAUAGAGUGCUGUUUGUCAGAAUGAGAACGAAAUGAUUACUAGAGGUGGAAACCUAGAACAAAUACUAGUUGGUUGUACUCACUAGAAGCAUACCUCAGUCU